CCUUACAUUGAAAGAGAAUAAAUAUCGAAAUAUCGUCCAUGUAAGAAAUCGCGGAGUCUUCUACUGACCCAUCCGUGAUUAUCCUUUUUCCAAGAGGCCCAAACGAUCUGUAUUAUCAUUUUGUUACCACUUUCUCUCUAUUCCAUUUUUCAUUUGGAAAUACUUCAAAUCUAAAACCCUAAUUUACUUUUGAAAUCAUCCUUGAUCAAUGGCGGAAACCGAAGCACUUUCCAAUGGAAUUAAUGGAGAUUCCUCGGAAUUCUACGAUGAUGAUCAUUCUACGAAAAAAUCAACCUCGCAAACAUCUAUUGACGAGCUUAAUCAAAGGAUUGAGACUUUAGAGAACGAAAACUCGCAAUUAGAGGCCAAAGUCGGAGAACUCAACUCUGAAAUUGAAUCUCUGAGGACUGAGAAUAAGUCCGCAGAGUCUGACCGCAAGGCGGCGGAAGCCAUAGCUAAGAGAGCAGCAGAGCUCGAAGGUCAGCUUGUGCGUAUUGAGCAUGACUAUUUUUCGGUCAUGAACGAACUAGAAGAGGGCAACCGCGAGAACCACGAGCUGAAGGCUAAGAUCAAGGAAUUAGAAGAGAACGCGAAAAGAGAGAAGGAAGAGAGAGAAAGUGAGAUUAACUUGUUGAAGAAAGAGAAGAAGCAAGUUGAGGAUUCUGUUGGAGAACUUCAGGAAUUGUUGAAGGUUUCAGAGGAAAAAGUGAAGAAGAUGGAGGCAAAAAUGGAUGAAUUGAUGAACAAAUCGGAAGAAUCUGAAAAACUUAUCGCUGGAUUGAUGGAGAAAGUUGUGGAGAGAGAAGCUAUUUUUGAAGAUGCCGUUGAAAAAAGUAGCGAUGAAGUUGAAGGAUUCAAAGGAUUGAAGAAGCAAUUGCCUGUGAUUGGAGCCUUCUCUGCUGGUGUACUAAUUUCUGCUGCUAUGGCUACUUGCUAUAUCAGGCAUAAGAAAAACUAGAUUUCAGGCUUUAGGAGUAAUACUCGAAUAGGAGAUGUUGAUAUGUUACGGUUUGAAACUAUGGAAGAUGGAGCAGAGAUGGGGAUAAAGAUUGGUGGCUAACUGGUAAAGUUAUUCGUCUUUUGAAAGCCUUUUCUAUUUGUUUU